AAGAAAGAGAAUGAUUGUUAUUUACAGAAUGGAAGAUGCGUGCUUGAGGAGCUUCUUGCUUUAUGCGACGGAAAUUGCAGAAUUCCCAUCCGUUACUUCUCUGCCAUAGAGAUCAACAAUGCAAUAAAACACUCUAAAACCACAAUAAUGGAGCUUGACGAAAUGGAUAUGGUUAUGGGCUCGCUGGACAACCGCCCUGUUUUAGUUAGAUUCAAUACAUGGAAAGUCAAAAAUAUGCACCGAGAUAUAGCGAUUACUGCUCAAAUGAGUCAUCUGAAGAAUGUGUUGAGACUUGUUGGUUGCUGUCUAGAAUUUGAACAACCAGUUAUGGUGUAUCAAUAUGUUGAAGGUAUAUCUCUUAGCGAUCUACUUUUCAGAAAGGAUAAUCUUAUUAGAAAAUCGUUAUUAUCUUGGGGAAAUCGUUUAUGGAUUGCCAAUGAGGUUGCUUCUGCAAUCGUUUUUCUGCAUACCGAAUUUACUACACCCAUUAUCCACAGAGAUUUGAAGGCUCAGAAUGUGAUAAUAGAUCAGAAGAGUGGUGUUGCCAAAAUAGUAGACUUCUCGUUGUCCAUAUCACUGCCUCCGGGAGAAUUGGAGGUACAAGAGGAUAAGAUUUAUGGAACACAUGGGUCUAUGGCUCCAGAACAUGUCAUAAUGGGUAUUAUUACUCAAAAAGUUGAUGUCUACAGCUUUCGGGUUCUUCUCUUUCAGCUGUUAACCGGAAAGAGAGUGCCAGAUAUUUAUAUGGAUAGAGUGGAUUCUACAACUUCAGAAGACACAAUGGAUUUUGAAGAAGACAUUACUGAAGAGGGAAAUACUUUGUAUAGAGUGGAUUCUAACGCGAUAGUAAAUUUUAAAUUUAUCGAUGGUUAUAUUAAAGAGGGUAUAAAUAUAAUGGAUUUAGCGGAUCCUAUCAUUUUAGAAGAGCAUGGAAUUGAGAUUCAACAACAAUUGAAAGACUUCUCCGAUCUUGCUAAAAAAUGCACAGCUGGCAACGGAGAUGAUAGACCAUACAUGAUUCAUGUCGCAAGGGAAUUAUGUCGAAUUGAAAAAAUGUUUCGUGCCCUCGCUCUCGGUCAAAAUUAA